UGCCGUCCCGUUCGCAUCGCCGGAAUGACGAGCAUGGCGCCAGCAAUCAGUGACGCGGAACUGGACGAGAUACAUGCUUUUGCCGUACAACUCGCGAAGGACGCCGGCCAGAUGCUCCUUGAUGCGGUCGAUGCACGGAUGGGAAAGAAUGGCCAAGCUACACAUGAGGAGAAAGAGUCGGCGGUUGAUCUCGUUACUCAGACAGAUGAGGAUGUUGAAGCAUUCAUUCGCAAGAGCGUUCAAAGCAAAUAUCCUUCGCAUGCCUUUUGUGGCGAGGAGUCAUAUGGCAAGGGUGGGUCGAAAGACUACCUGAUACCGAGCACUGGACCAGCAUGGUGCGUCGAUCCUCUCGACGGAACGGUCAACUUCAUCCACCUUGCGCCUUUCUACUGCGUAUCUAUAGCAUUCCUGUGGAACGGAGAGCCGGUCGUAGGAGCGAUCAACGCACCCUUCCUUCGACAACUCUUCACAGCAUGCCGUGGUAGAGGAGCCUGGCUCAACGAAACAACACAGCUCCCUCUCAACCGGAAUCCCAUACCACCUCUCCCUGAAACCGCACCGAAAGGCUGUGUCUUCUCAUGCGAGUGGGGCAAAGACCGCCGAGAUAUUCCAGACGGCAACUUGCACCGAAAGAUUAACAGCUUCAUGAACAUGGCGGCGGAGCUGGGAAGCCGAGGAGGGAAAGGAGGAAUGGUUCAUGGAGUCCGCAGUCUUGGAUCUGCCACGCUGGAUCUGGCUUAUGUUGCGAUGGGAUCUUUUGACAUAUGGUGGGAGGGUGGUUGCUGGGAGUGGGACGUAGCGGCAGGUAUCUGCCUGCUCAAGGAAGCAGGAGGCCUGGUUACCACAGCUAAUCCACCAGCGACUAUCGACGGUGCCGCGGUCCCAGAAACACACCUUGGAAGUCGGCUGUACUUGGCUAUACGGCCAGCUGGAGACUCGGCGACAGAGACUGGACGACAGACGCAAGAAAGGACGGUGAGGGAAGUCUGGAAGCGGGUCGAGACAUUGGAUUACACUCGGCCGGGAGUGUGAAAGGUGACC